CGAACCGUGACAAAGUAUUUAAGUUCUGCUCUCGACUAUGUACCUUAUAAGUAAGUAGCGCCUUCUUUUGAUGUCCAUUCAUUUCAUUAUUACCAAGUACUCUUUGCCGCUUGGGCACUGUUAGCACAUCAUGGUUCACGUCCGCAUAAACGAGCGUGAAGCUAACCCGAAUCCGCACGUUAACUUUGUUUCCGUCCUGCCUAUGAUCGAUGCCACCCUCGAGGACGACGCUCGGCAACUUAUGCGGGCACUGGCCGCGCAGGUGAGGCCGGUCAUGAAGGAUCACGGUCUCACCGUGAACAGCUUGGAAGAGGUGUGUAUCUGAGUGCUUGUGUCCUUGGGCGCGGCGACGAUCGGUUGUGGGACUGGUGGAGCAGCAGUCUUUGCAGUGCGAUGUCGAGCACGGGUAGUCUUGUUCGGAUUGGUCGUUGACCAAGUGUGAACAUUUUUCAGGUAAGCUGGCGCAUUGUUCAGUUGAGUAGGGAAUGGACGAGAGAAGGAAAUGAACCUUUGGAUGUUGAUUGUUGGGGUGCGGGAGAGACGUAGUGCUAGAACUGGUUUGUGGGGUUGUUGGCUGCGUUGGAGAGCUGCGUGAUGCGCCCUGGCAUGCGGCUGCAUCACGGGUAGCUUUGUCAACGACAAAUAGGGCGGCCACGUCAACUUGACCGUCAACAGGGCCCUUGAGAGAGGCGGAAGAAGGAAUAGUAGAAGCGGUAGCAGU